CUGAAGCGGUCAGGAGCAGCGGGGUCAGCGGCUCUUAUCUCCGGACUAGUGGACACAUCUGGACCGCUCCGCCAUGCUGCUGCAGAGAGGACUCGCUCCUGUCUCCUCUGUGCUUAUUAUCUAUCUUCUGCAGACAACUGCGGUGUUCGCCUUCAACCUGGACACCGGUCAUGUCAUCAGGAAAGACGGGGAGCCGGGCAGUCUGUUCGGCUUCUCUCUGGCCAUGCACCGGCAGCUCAACCCGGAUAAAAGAAUGCUGUUGAUCGGGGCUCCCAGAGCAAGAGCUUUAGGAAAACAGAGAGCCAACAUCACAGGAGGGCUUUAUAAAUGUGAAAUCUCUCUGUCCAAUGAUUGUGAACGCAUUGAAUUUGAUAUUGAAGAGGACAUACGUAUAGAGAACAAGGAGAACCAGUGGAUGGGGGUAACUGUUCAGAGCCAGGGACCUGGAGGAAAGAUUGUGACUUGUGCUCAUCGGUAUCAGAGGCGGUUGUAUGUGAACACCGCUCAGGAGUCCCGUGACAUCACUGGGCGCUGUUAUGUCCUCAGUCAGGACCUGACAAUCGAUGAGUCCUCUGAUGAGGACGGAGGUAACUGGAACUUCUGUGCGGGCAGACCCAGAGGCCAUGAGAUGUUUGGAUCAUGUCAGCAGGGUCUAGCUGCCACCUUCACCAAGGACUACCAUUACAUAGUGUUUGGAGCACCAGGAGCUUACUACUGGAAAGGGAUUGUUCGAGUGGAGCAGAAGAACAACACACUGCUAGAGAUGGGCGUGUAUGAUGACGGCCCUUAUGAAGUUGGAGAUGAGCAGUUCUGGAACCCUGACCUGGUGCCUGUACCUGCCAACAGCUACCUUGGAUUCUCCCUUGAUUCGGGACACAGCAUCACCAGGAGUCGCACCCUGACGGUGGUGGCCGGAGCACCCCGAGCCAAUCACAAUGGAGCUGUGGUCCUGCUGAAGAAAGAAGGAGAAACCUCCUCCAGACUCUCUGUGGAGCACACACUGGACGGGCCAGGGUUGGGGUCAUCCUUUGGAUACGACGUGGCUGUGGUUGACCUGAACAGUGACGGAUGGCAGGACAUAGUUGUAGGAGCCCCUCAGUUCUACAUGAAGGACAGCGACGUGGGAGGGGCUGUUUACGUGUACAUCAACAAGGCAGGGAGGUGGGAGACCAUCACGCCGAUCCGUCUGGAUGGGACCAAAGACUCGAUGUUUGGACUGGCAGUGGAGAACAUUGGGGACAUCAAUCAAGACUCAUAUGAAGACAUUGCUGUCGGAGCUCCUUACGAUGACGGCGGUGCAGGAAAAGUUUACAUUUAUCACGGCUCCGCAAAGGGGAUCAACACCAGCCCUGCACAGAUCCUCUCAGGAAAAGAACACCAGCUCCAGUUAUUUGGUUAUUCUCUGGCAGGAAACAUGGACCUGGACAGUAAUUCUUAUCCAGACCUAGCUGUGGGCUCUCUGUCUGACACCGCUCUAAUUUACAGGGCCCGACCAAUCAUUAGCAUCAGGAGAGAUGUCAAAAUAUCUCCGCGGGAAAUUGACCUUACAAUCAAAACCUGCGGUAACAGCAUUUGCUUCACCGUGGAUGCAUGCUUCACCUACACGGCGAACCCAGCAUCCUACAGCCCCAGACUGACUAUCAGCUAUUCUGUGGAGGCAGACGGAGAUCGCAGGAAGCAGGGACUGACCUCCAGGGUUAUGUUCAUGAACAAAUCCCACUUGGACACGGACUACUUGUUUAAUGGCACCUUGGACCUUCGGGGUCAAAAACAGGAAACGUGUAUCAAGAUAAAUGCUAAACUCAAGGACAACAUUAAGGACAAGAUGCGUAGUAUCCCUAUCGAGGUGUCUGCAGAAAUUCUGGGUACAAAGCGACAGAAGUCAAGGAACGGCCUCCCUCAGCUUAUGCCCAUUUUAGACUCCUCUCAACUGAGCAAGGAAGUCAUUGAGGUGAACUUUGUAAAAGAGGGAUGUGGAAGUGAUCAUAUUUGUCGCAGUAACCUGAAGAUGGAGUACAAAUUAUUCUACAGACAAAACAACAUGCAUACCCCACUACCUGUCAAGAACAACGUCCCCAUGUUUCACCUGAACUACGAGAGGAAGGACUUGGCUCUGCGGGUGACGGUGAACAACAUGGACGGAGACGAUGCUUAUGAGGCAAAGCUGGUGGGAACUUUCCCAGAUGCACUGUCGUAUUCUGGAGUCCGCUCCCAACAAACAAUACCGAUCAUCUGUAUUGCCAAUCAGAACGGCUCUCAGGCGGACUGCGAGCUGGGAAAUCCUUUUAGGAGAGACUCAGAGACGACCUUUUUCAUCAUCCUGAGCACAGUGGGUAUGAAUCUCGACACGACAGAGAUUGACAUUGACCUGCAGCUCCACACGACCAGCGUGCAAAGAAAUACAAUCCCGGUGAAAGUAAAGGCUCAGGUGGUGAUUGAACUACCAUUGUCCGUCAGUGGGGAGGCCAGCCCUGGUCAGGUUUCUUUUGGAGGCAUUGUGAAAGGAGAAAGUGCCAUGAAGACAGAGGAGGAGAUUGGAAGCUUGAUUAACUUUACAUUCAGAAUAAACAACCUGUGGAAGUCUCUGAAGCCUUCUUUUAAAGCCUCACUGCACAUUCAGUGGCCCAAAUUCAACAAAGAUGGGAAAUGGCUGUUGUAUCUGGUGAAGAUCACAGCGACAGGAGAGGAGGACGUCCACUGCUCUCCUGAGUCUGAGAUCAACUAUCUCAAACACAUCCAGGAGACCAGUGUGUCCCGGACAAAACGAGAAAUUGAGAGAAAACAAAGAAAAGCUGAAAGAAAAAAGGCUUUUCUGUUAGAGAAAAACAAAGUGUUGACCUGUGACAAUGGGCUCAAAUGUGUGGUGCUCAAGUGCCCCCUGCAGGGCCUGGACGGUACAACAAUUGAGCUGAGGUCUCGUCUGUGGAACUCAACCUUUAUUGAGGAUUACGCCUCCGUUUCAACCUUACAUAUAGUCGUGAAGGCCUUACUCGUGCUUCACGCCCAGGCUGAAAACAUGAUCCUGACAACCCCUGACACUGAUGUGACAGUGGCCGUGUCUCCAGAAAGUGCCGUAGCUCAGUAUGGAGGAGUUCCCUGGUGGAUCAUACUGGUGGCUGUUCUCGCAGGAAUCAAGAUCCUGGCUCUGCUGGUGUUUCUGCUCUGGAAGUGUGGAUUCUUCAAACGCUCCAAACAAGACAGUAGCGUCCCUCGUUACAACGCAGUGCGGAUACGAAAGGAGACUCCAGAGUACAAAGAUGGGAAAGUCAAGCUUGACGCUUUUGACAAAAAGCAGUGGAUGACGACUUGGAUCAACAACGAAAGUUACUCAUGAUUCUGUUUAAUGAGAUUUUUUGCUACUGAGGAUAACUUGUUUUUCUUAAAUUGUGUCAAGACACAAAAACACUGAACUAUGUUUUUUUCCUGUGAGCUUGAUGCUCGGUGAUUUAUUAAGUAGCUGGUUUCAUAUUUUGAACUUUUACACUGUAUAGAUGAUUACUUUUUUGUACUGUAAGUUUUGUACAUAUUUAAAUACUUACACACACUGUAUAUUUAUUUUUUGAUAAAAAGAAAUAAUGCAGCCAAAGAGUUUUGUAGUUUUAAUGACGUUGUACUGUCUUAACGUCUAUGCAAGGAAGGUACAGCUCGCUCUGUAUAAUGUGAAUGUAAAUCAGGGCACAUUUUCAAAUUUGUCAGUUUCCAAAAAUGUACAUUUGUCGUCUUUACAAAGACAUUUAGGUACAUCAUCAUGUCAGUAAUCAACUGUGUGUGAAUGACCAUGACUGACUUCAUUAAAGUAGAGGUCGCUUCUCUCCUCCUCUCACUCAUGUGGCAUUCAGGUAGCAUCCACUGUGCUGUAGGUCAUCACUGAUGUAUGAAAAGUAUGUUUAUUUUUAAAUUGCAUGUGUGGAAUCCAAAGGGAAGCUGGUGAAAAGCAAUGCUUUGCUUUUUGUAGAUUUAAUUCAAAGUCAUACUUGUCUAAUUUGUUCAGCUGUCUAAAAUAAAAUCUAUAAAAACUG